AUGCUAGGAUUAAAGUCGGGGGACAUCAAGGUUCAAGUGGAGGAUGACAAUGUGCUCGAUGGGGUUAAGCAAGCAAAACUAAUAUUAUUGGUGGUGGAAAUUGGAGUAAUGGUGGCAGAGGUAACAAUGGUGGUUAGACUGGAACCAAUGGUAGUGGAAGUGCUAACAAUGGUCAUUGGCGCAACAAUGAGGGGUGUGGAAGAGAAAGGAAAGGUGAUUAGAGUGGUCGGGAAGUUGGGAGGGAAUGGAUCAUUAGUGUAG